AUGACACUCCCAUUUUUGACCGACAAAUCAGCGUCCACCACAAUGGUUAUAAAAGGGUGUCCACUUGUUUCCUGUGUCCCAUUGCUCCUGAUCUUUUUAGACAAGGUUCCUGUGACUAUGAGACGUCAACUGAGUGCCGCAAUCUGCAACCGUAUCGUGGGCAUGCGCCAAGCUGGAGCCAAACAGAAUGCCAUAGCCACUGCUCUGGGGAUUACGCAGGGUGCAGUGUCCAAGAUCCUGAAGCGACAUCGACAGACAGGUGUGCCAACGCAUAGACCCAGGUCUGGACGUCCCCGAAAAACCACAGUGAGGGAGGAUCGUUAUCUGCACAGGCUGUCUCGUACUGGGCAUACAAAGACUUCCACCCAGCUGCGUAAUGAAUAG